GACAAUUCAAAAUGGCGUCCUCCUCUGUCUGUGCGCGAUUGUUUGGAAUCAUAAUAUUUUCUGUUUUCUAGGAAUUUUAUUGCGAAAUGAUGUUUGGGCUAUUUUCUAAAAUAUCAGAGUAUGUCUGGGGGACAGAAGGGAACGAAGGAACAAACUCUGGAGUUUCUAAAGUGCGUUUACGCAAUGACAAAUCUGAAAGCUCAUGUUCACCACAGAAAAGCAUAUUGAAGAAAGAUCUUUUUGGUAAGGUAACGAGGUUGUACGAUGGUGCGGGAGUCAUUGAGGAAGAUAUUUACUUUACUUUUGACACGGUAAUGGGCGGAGCUCGGCCAGAGAUUGGAACAGAAGUACAUGUUGAAGCUGUGCGUGAGAAAGAAACCACAGGUUGGAAAGCGGUUCGUGUUCAAGUCAUGUCCGAAUGGAAUCUUGACAACACAAACGAUAGCUCAGCACCGGAAACAUUUAUUGGUACAAUAACAAACGUGACAGAUGACUCAGGGGUCGUAGAUAAUGACAUUGAUUUUAAAUUAUCGUGUGUGAGGUUUGGUUAUGUUCCCGUCCAAGGAGACUGGGUCAAGCUAGACCUGGAAAAAACACCAAAUGGUACGGCUGAGGUCCGGGGGGUAAUGCCACUACGAGAAAAAAAUCUCACAGGAGUGGUGACAUAUUUGUGCUCGGGAUUUGGAUAUAUUGAUAAGGAAGUAUUUUUCUCUUGUGGAGUAUGUACACGGGGUUAUAGACCUCGUCAAGGAGACGUUGUAAAGGCUACAGCCAUAGAGUCAAAACAGGGUAGAGCUGUGUGGAGAGCUACUAAAGUGGAGCCAAAGAGGAAAGAUCGUGCAGCUCUAAGGUGUGUUCAAGUUGCUUAAUCAAUGUCAUCAGACUAGUACAAAUAGCUGAUGUCUGAUUAUUCAUUCCAGUCAGACACUUUAUUUUUAUGCUGGAUUGCAACAGUUAUGUGUGGCAUUGCAUAUUUACGCCAACUAACUAUAAGUUUGAGUUUUAGUUUAAGUAAAAUAAUUGAGUCUCUGCUGCAUCCUGUCAGAAUGCCUGACUGAUGGUCUUCCAGAUGUUUUGGUGACCUGAGUUGUGGCUGCACUCUUUCACUAUUGCAUGAGUCUCUGCAAAUCUCUCACUGCCGCACUCUUUCAGAGUGCCUAGCUAGGUGGUGCAGCUGUUUUGGUGACCCUCUGUAUUUAAUAUAACAUCUGCUGCUGGAAACAGGACCACCAUUCAAAGGUCUAGUCAUAUGCAAAGCAAAGGCAGUGUAUUCAUUUCUCAGUUAUUUCAAAUACAUGUAGUAGACCCUGAGAAGUGGUCCAGAUCUUGGACUGACUGCCAGCUCUGCUGUCCAAUGCCUUACCAACUAAACUGUCCCGAUCACCUUAGCUAAUAGUUUUACAUUGUAAGAGGUUUGCUAUCUUAUUAUAGUCCAUCACCACACUGUCAAAUAUUCAUGGGAGGUAAGAUGGCAGAGCUUAUGAGAAACAAAGAAGAAUUGAUCAUCACAGAUCAGCUGGAUCUUGGAGAUGUCUUAUUAGGGGAAUCAAAAUCUCUGACCAUAGUUAUAAGGUAAGAACUGUUAAUGCCCAUAAUGUGGCCAUCAAUAAUCUCUUUUAUACUACUACAUGAAAAAUUUCUGCAAUUUGAUUGGCUUAGAGCAGUGGUAUUUCAGCUUAAUUUGAAAUACCUACAUGUGAAAAUUACAAACCUUUUGCGGGUACUAGUAUAAACAUGUAAUAGCAUGAUUUGUACUUUUUGGCAUGAAUACCACUCGUGAUAUUUCAAAAUUGCCUCAAAUUUCACUCGCCAAAUGGCUCGUGAAAUUACGUAUAACAGUUUUAAAAUAUCACUCGUGGUAUUUAUGCCAAAUAUCACUACAAAUAAUGCUAUUACCUAUACAAAUUAAAGAGUUUGAUUUCAUCGUAAUUAUUUGUGAUGCAUGCUACUGCAUUAAGGAAAAUUGAACUGUUUUUGCGUCUUUGUUGUUGUUGUUGUUGUUGUUCUUUGGGAUUGGGGAUUUCUUAUUUCUCUUCAAGAGUGGUUAAUCGAUAUAAUUAUGUUUCACUUUAUAAUUGUCAGACCAUAAAAAUAUUAUUUUUGACUUGUUUUAACAACAGUAAUCAGGGUGAGAAAGGACAGAUAUUCCAGUCUUGUAUGUCAGUCCGAGAAGAUCCUCAGUUCUUGGUUCAACUGGGCAGCAAAGAACCAGCCCAACUUGACACUUGUGCACAGCUGCAGCAGCAGACUUUGUUGUCACCUGGCAUGGAGAUACCUUCAAAACAAGCUAAGCAUCUAAUGGUCAUCUUCACUGCAAAGUAUGUACAAAAGACAACCUUUAAAACUGGAUCAAGUUUAUCUAACAUACUGAAAUUGACUUUAAUGUGAAUGGUACGAGUCAAAUUUGAAUUCCAGGUUAAUUUUGAUUUAACCCUCCCCCUCCAAUACAUUCAAAAUUGGGGUAGGUAGCUCAAACGACAGUGCAACAUUGCAUGGGGUGGGAGAGGGAAAGCUUUGUUUUUGCCUUUUGAAUUCAGCAAAAAUGCCAAAAAGGCCCUUUACAUGUGCAAUGUAGAUCAAAGUGUCUCAACUAAUUUUGUAUCAGAGUAUAGUUUAUUAAAUUAAUUAAUAAUAAUAAUAAUAAUAAUAAUAAUUAAAGUAAAAACUAAUGGGGAUAUACAUGCUAAUUAUCAUCCCAAAUUUUUUUUGUCAGUUUAUCAGCAAUCACUUUGAACUUGAAAAUGGCGUGAAGAUGACACCGAAAUGUCAUUCGUUCUUAUCUGCAAUAUUUUUUUUACUUGUUUCUGUAUAACUAAACCUUUGCUUAUUAAUAAUUAAUAAUAACAAUAUUCCUUUAGUUACCUUCAGCAGUAUUUAUAGCACUUUUGCUAGUGGGGCUGAGAAAAUGACUGAAACAAAUAAUCUAAAUCAAACAAUAACAGGGUUAAGAAUCCCAAAUGGCAGGAGGCAAACCAGCUGGCUAUUUACAAGCGUGGUCCAGGAUUUGAACUCUGGACUACUGUAAACAAAUCCAGCUAGCGGCCAGGGCUGGACUUGAACUCAGGGCCUUGGAAUUGUAGGUCCCGCGCUCUUACCAGCUCUACCAUGCUGCCUCCUCAAUAUACGUGUAUGGAAGAGAACUAACUUUUUUGCUGCAUAAUUUCUUGCUUUGUAUUUUGCUCUUUUUCCUAAAGGAACCUUGGUAGAGUGAAUCAUGUUUUAGUUUUCAACUUUAAUGGCUUUGAGAUUGGAAGAUGUAUCACUGCAAGUGUCAAAGAUGUCAAUCAGGUUCUCAUGAGACCAUCAGCACCUUAUCAAAGAAACUACAGCAGAACUAAACAUGCUCUGAAAAAAGUUGCUGAGAGUGUGACUGGAGAGGAUUGUAUCAUUCCGGGAGAAAGACCAGUUCGGUGUGUUAAUGCACAACUACGUUGAUUUGUAUAUCUAAGACUAAGUUCUCACUUCUUGGAGUUAUUACUGCUAUAAUGGAACAUACAUGUCAGUAAUUAAACAAAAAUAAAUAUUUUACUUCGUGAUACCUGGAUAUCCUUCUAGUCUUAAUUGUUUCGGUAUAACCUAUUAGGAACACUAACUUUGAUCUUACUUAGAGUAAAUGUUCGGGGAUGGGUAAGAGGGCUUUUCCCACAAUCUAAUUCUGAUUCCCGAUAUCAUCAUGACCAAGUUAAAAACCUUUUACAGUCACAUAAACCAUGUAGUGUGUAGUUUAAUUGACAAUUUAGUAACUUGACAUGUGAAGGUGAAGAAAUCUUAAUUAUAACAGUAUACAAAAUGCGAGACUUGGAAAUUUCCUAUAUAAUGAAUGGAUGUGUAUGAUGACAUUGCAGAAAGCGGAAGUUGUUUCUUCCUGUGCAGUUGGGUCAGUAUGGUAUUCCAAGAGAUAUCAGGAGUUGUGUUCUCAAUGGUAGAGAUCUGGGUGAUGUUAUUCCUGCAUUAAGAGAGGUGAGUUUAUGCAGCCUUUGUAUCUACAUUUGUUGUUGCUGUUGUCAGGUUUCCUGUCUAGUUUAAAUUUGUGAGAAUCUGGUGUACAGUUAUUGCUUUUCAUGUAUCAAUUUGAACAAUCAUGUUUUGUGUUCUAGCCCUUGAGCUUAAAGAAUUAUGCAGCUAGGUUCUCCACGCUUCUUUAUGCCGAAGAACUUCAAAUGGAAAUAGACAUGCGGGAGUUUGACAUGGAAAGGGUAUGAAUUUCAUUGACGUAAUGUUUAAAUGUCAACAUGUUCUCACUUGUCAGGGGCGGAUCCAGGAUUUUUUUUAGGAGGGGGUGCACUCGUCUCUUGCUCUACUUCAACACCAAUAAACCACAUAGUUUUUUUUUUCGCAGAAUACCAGUUGUAUUAGAAAUCCGCAGGUCAUCUCAGGGGGGGGUGCGCACCCCCUGCACCCUCCCCCUAGAUCCGCCCCCGCUUGUUACCUUGGUUCAAUAAAGUAUUGUUUUAUCCAAUAUACCAAUUUCAAUAUGUAUUUACUGCUCUCUUAUGCUGUCUUGCUUAUAUCUAAUAAUAAAUCAAACAAAGUCGCAAAAAUUAAUGCAUGGCUCUUGCUUGUUUCUUGCCAGGUUAACAUGAAUGUUUGUGGGGAGUUUCUGAGUCUUGAAGUUCCUGGAUUAUCAGAAGGCAGACCCUCACUUUUGCUUGGUGAUAGAGUUGUUGCAUCACUGUCAGGUUUGCUCCAGGUUAUUGCUACGACCUUCAAAGUUCAAAGAGCAAUUUUCCUGUUCUUAAAUGCAGAUUAAAUUUUUCUUUCCUAUUUUCUAUAGGAAGUUCAUCGGAGGCACCCAAAUACGAAGGUUACAUUCAUGAGGUAAAUACAUGGACAAACUAAUUUUAGCCCUUGAAAACAUUCCAUGUCAUAUUUUACCACAAUAACAGUGGCUAUUUAUCUAGCCUGUGAGAAAGCUCACGGAUGUGCAGUCAGGUCACGGGGCUCUUCCCUUCCCCACCCCCAUAUAUGCAUACCCGGGAGCCCCAGGAGAGCUUGCUCGAAGGCUACAAUUUAUCUGCGAGUGGCUCUCUGAAAAUUAACCAUUUGUUCCUGUAAUGUUUGUAGGUUUGCAAGGACAACAUUUUGCUGAAAUUCAAUGAACAAUUCCACCACAGAUUUGCCAUGCAGGAAUGUGAUGUCAUGUUCUACUUCAACAGGUUCUAACCAUGUUAAGCAUGCAUUAUGAUUCAUUUAGUAACUCAACCCAUUUAAAAGUAGCUAAUGGAAACUUGAGAUGUGUUCAAACAACAAUUGAAAUAUAAAUAAGAGUGUAUUAUAACAGCUUAUACACGUGUAAGAUCAAGUGUUUGCUAAGUGAUUUGCAUGGUUAGGCAGUUCCUAAUAAUUGCAGUACUGUUGUCACUGCAUCGUUUUCACGUUUGAGUUUUGCUGGUUUUCAUAACCAGUCUCCCCUACUAACUAUCUGUUCAUACUUCACUAGCUGUUAUAUGAUGUCGAUCAGAUCGUCACUUACAAUCUAUGUGACAAUUAAGGUUAUUCUCUCUUGUUUUAACCUAUUAGAACCACAUUAAGACGAGCUCAUCGAGCUGUGGAAUUUGCUUUGUCUCUUGGUGAAGAAGGUAUUACUGCCAGUCAGGCACUUGUCUUCNUUCCUGUAAUGUUUGUAGGUUUGCAAGGACAACAUUUUGCUGAAAUUCAAUGAACAAUUCCACCACAGAUUUGCCAUGCAGGAAUGUGAUGUCAUGUUCUACUUCAACAGGUUCUAACCAUGUUAAGCAUGCAUUAUGAUUCAUUUAGUAACUCAACCCAUUUAAAAGUAGCUAAUGGAAACUUGAGAUGUGUUCAAACAACAAUUGAAAUAUAAAUAAGAGUGUAUUAUAACAGCUUAUACACGUGUAAGAUCAAGUGUUUGCUAAGUGAUUUGCAUGGUUAGGCAGUUCCUAAUAAUUGCAGUACUGUUGUCACUGCAUCGUUUUCACGUUUGAGUUUUGCUGGUUUUCAUAACCAGUCUCCCCUACUAACUAUCUGUUCAUACUUCACUAGCUGUUAUAUGAUGUCGAUCAGAUCGUCACUUACAAUCUAUGUGACAAUUAAGGUUAUUCUCUCUUGUUUUAACCUAUUAGAACCACAUUAAGACGAGCUCAUCGAGCUGUGGAAUUUGCUUUGUCUCUUGGUGAAGAAGGUAUUACUGCCAGUCAGGCACUUGUCUUCUUGACCUUUUGCUUAUUUUGUUCAUGUGCUUGUUUCCACCCCAAUACAUGUUGUGCACUCUGAACUAAUUGGUUUAUCCAAAUAGGCUGCGAGUUAUGCUCAGGUCUAUAGGUUUUGCUUGUUUUAGUUUAAAAUGCUACUACAUGGAAUGUACAUGUGUGUAUUGUGUGUAUUGUUGACUACCAAACCUGUGUCCAAUACAAUGGCCACAUAAAUAAAUACAUAAAUAAUGAUUUGGAGGUAGCACAUCCACAAAGUGGGUCUUUGUCUCCCUCAUUCCUGGUCGAAUUGGAAUUUGGAAGUGUUGGUUUUUAAGGAGAGGGGAAAACCGUGGUACCUGGAGAAUACCCUCACAGAGCAAGGGAGAGAACCAACAACAAACUCAACCCACAAAUGGCUUCGACACCAGGAUUUGAACCCUGGGCCACUUUGGCGGGAGGCGAGUGCUGUCACCACUGCUCCAUCUUCGCUCCCCAGUCAGUGUUGCACCUCCUGCCAUGGUCAUAUUAGCCAAAACUUUUUUUGAUUUUCAUUUUGUGAGAUAUAUUGCCCACUUGUCCACCUUUCAAAAGAUAUACUGUCAAUUUAUUUAUAGUUUUGUGUUCGUAUUCUUCAAUGUAGCAGUCCGGAGAACAACCUUAUAUUUUCUCUACAAUGAAGAUUAAUAAAACAUACAAUUUUCCUUGCAGUAUUGUUUCCAAGGUCACUGUCUCCAAAGUUACCCGUAGUGAGUCUGACAGUGGGCGGCUCACCAGAAAAAGAACAGGAGGACAAGAAAGGAUCAGGUAUAUUCGACGUCAAUGAAUGAUGGCUUAGAUGGCCCUAUUUUUUUUUUACUAGUUAUAGCUUUUAAUUGGAAAAUUGAUAAAGUUCUUUUACCGUUUGUCAAGGAAUAGCAUCGGACAAAGCAAAAGAGAAAUGUUCCAGCACAGUCGUGACAGAUAAUUUCCUGUAUAAUUCGUCUCUGAAUGAACGUCAAAAGGCUGCUGUUUGUCGUAUUUUGAGUGGUCAGUGUCGUCCAUGCCCUUAUCUUCUGUUCGGUCCUCCAGGGACAGGCAAGACCAUCACAGUUGUGGAGGCAAUUCUACAGGUACUGUGAGUCAGCAGCAGUUUUGAAAACCAUAGAUUAGGGAGUAAUAUGGAUUCAUAGAUCAAGCGCUACUUGGGCUUUUCCGAGUAGGUGCGGCGCUAUGGGUAAUGGGAAUUUUGGGUGUGAAGCAGGAAGAACCAUGGGAAAGCUUGAAAAAGCAAGGACACCUGGGAAGGCUCAACGUGAAAAGCGCCAAAAGCUUUUCGUUUUUCGCCAAUCCCAUGCCCUUUGCGCUGCGAUUACAGCCGCAAAUCUUUAGAAGUGCCUGGGUAUGAAGCAGUACUGGUAAUAAUUCUGACAGGAAGAUCAGCAGUUCAUCAAAUUAUCAAGCUUUAUGUAGAGAUAUCGAGGAAGAAUGAGUGUGUUGCAGUACGCCCGCUUACAGAGAGAUGCAUGGCUAAUUGGGUCAAUAAUAUACUUCUUGAGUAAAUUAUUAUAGAUUCGGUCGUACACCAUCGGCCAUCCUGUAUUUUAUACUUAUUCUUAGGUCACCCGCUUGAUAACGACAAGUUGUUAAUUUUAGUGUUCUAUUGAUUUCUGUCAUACAUUUUAGAUUUUUCACAGAAUUCCUUCCAGCCGAAUCGUGGCUUGUACGCCCUCGAACAGCGCCGCUGAUUUGAUUGUAAGUAGCUAUGACAAUAGCCUAAGUAGCGGUCAUUUCUGAGGAAAGGGGAGAGAAUGAAGGGCCAGGAGAAACGAGUUCUCCUCCCCUUCCGCGUCCUCUAAAAUCUCCUAAGGAAGGCCCGAUACUCCGGCUUCUUAUCACACAUAUAUGUAACACAUAUAUUCUCUUGAGAAUCCGAGGAAAAAACACAGCUAGUGAUGAGUGUGGAACUCGAACCUGUCAAGAUCACGUGUCCAACUUGCUGACCAAUGGGCCACGUCACGUGAAGCCCACGAUCCUUACCGCAUUCUUAAUCAUUCUGUUUUGCUAGGCAGAGCGUCUACACGCGAGCGGCUUUAUCCAGGCGGGAGACAUGGUGCGAUUGAAUGCAAUUCAGAGAGCGCAGGAUAUCCCAGAAGCCAUUGAGGCAUAUUGUACUGACACAGACCAGCUUGACACGGUGGCACAUUAUCGCAUUAUUAUCAGUACCUGCAGUACAGCUGGUCAGCUGUAUUCUCUUGGGCUGCGCGCUGGUCAUGUCACGCACGUGUUUGUCGAUGAGGUUUGUAAUGUAACUAAGUUGAAGUUUAUAUCUUCAUAUAGUUCUCUUUACUGUAUAAUGUAAGUACAAUAAUUUUGUUUCAAUUUACUGAUUUUGUUAAAUUAACCAGGGCAAGCACCUCGUUCAAUUGAAUCGCUCCAAAAGUCAUCUUCAUCAACACUAUCGAUAAAACCAACUUUUUGUAUUUCCUCUCGAGCGAUGCAAAUAAGCCGUAUUAAGGUAUUAAAAAGUCGCAAUUAUUCACCAAAAAUAUAACUUAAGAUGAGACGGUCGACCCAAGGUGUCAAUUAAAAUCGAUAAACUUAUAUUUGGGUUUGAGAAGAAGUAACAAUCCCAGUAAGUAAACAGUGUCAAUUAUUGCAGAGUUAUUAUGUGGUGGCGAGUAGACUUGUUGGUGGCGAGAUGACCGUAAACCGAUGGAGACAGGGGGGAGAGGGUCGGACACAUGUUUGUAACCAGAUGAGUUCUAUUUCGAUCUGUCGACGUAAAACAGGGACCCGGCUUUUCUCUUUGAUUCUAUUUAAGACGGUCUUUGUCAUAGAGCCGUAAACCUGCUACUAUGCCGCUAUCACUUCUGUUGUGUUAGAAUUGUGUAAUUGUCAGUAUAAACCAGCGAACUGUUGAAUGUUAUUAUUUCAAGUGUAAUGUUUGUUAUUGGUGUAUGCAGGCUGGCCAGGCUACAGAGCCCGAGUGUCUUGUUGCAGUUGGACUUGCCGCGGGGGAUGAUGGGCAGGUAAGAAUGUUAUCAUAGAAUAAUCGUGUUCACUAUUUGGUACUCUGAAAUUCUGACAGUUUCACUUUAUUGUUUUGUUGUUGAAGGAAGUGGAAGGUUUGAAAGAAAUUCGUCGAAGUAUUUUUAAGUGCAUGCACUCACGUACAAAUUGACACAGGUCGUGUAUGUUAAAACAACAGUGUCUUUUAGUUCUUUGCUUUGAUGAAAUAUAGGUUGGUUUCAAAUUCUGAUUAUCACUUGAGGAACAAUUUAUCCACAGCGCUCAACCUUACGGGAGCAGUUAUAUUAUAUCAUUAUAAUUUAUAUUGAUAUUGUUCCAGACUUCAGAAGUGAUUCGUUGUUUUAUUGCAAUAAAAAGAUGAAUCACUUCUGAAGUCUGGAACAAUAUCAAUAUAUAAUAAUAAUAAUAUAGGCUGGUUUCCAUAUAAUCGACCCGAUCGUUCCGAAAAAAGUGAAACGACCCGGACAGUUAUGUGGAAACUGUUUUUCGGACAGAAUUGGCUGUAUUAUUUUACUAACUUUGUGUUCUUAAUCCCCUGUAGGUUAUUCUGGCCGGUGAUCCUUUCCAACUCGGCCCAGUCCUACAGUCGCGUAUUGCAGCAUCUUAUGGACUGAACAUCUCACUUCUGGAGCGCUUAAUGAGCAAUCCGCUGUACUGUAGGAACGAAGACAAGUUUUCAGAUCAUGGUUGUUAUGACCCACUUCUAGUUACUAAACUUGUUAAUAAUUAUCGCUCGCACCCCGCUGUGUUGAAACUGCCUUCGGCUGUGUUUUAUCACGACGAACUGAUUCCAUGCGCUGAUGAAGGAAUGAGAGAAAUCUUGUGUCAGUGGGAUAAGCUACCAAAUAAAGGAUUUCCAGUCAUUUUUCAUGGUCUCAAGGCAAGUUCUUGUGCAGGAAAGGAUAUAGGUAUUUGUUUUGAAACAGCACUAACACUAAACAUCGCUAAUUGUUUCUCGAGAUUUUAAGACAAGUUUAUUGUUUAGUGAAUGAUUGUUUCAAUUGAAUAGAGGGUUUUCACUCACGUGACCAGCAUCUAUGCAAAUUUACUGAAACAAAAGGAAGCGUUUACAUAAGAAAAGAGUUCAACUCCCUCAGGAUUUGUUCGGUACACCAACAUGGCCGCCGUUUUAUUGUUUUGGAACACCAAUAUGGCCGCCGUGACGUCAUGUGAAAACGCUCUAUAUGCUCUCCAGUUACUUGCCCUCAUUCAUGCCCAUGGUCAUGCCCAUACCGAGGGUGCAAAGAAAAUCAGUGUUACAGCCUGCCAUUUGGGCAAGCUGUAGCUAGCAUGUACUAGCCCACAAGUUAUUUCAACUAGCCCCAAAACCCUUUUUUGAUUAGCAGGAUUGAUUAUAAUCCCUCUGUAAUUUGAAUUUCCCCAAAAAACAGCACUUGCCCGUCAGGCAAGUAAAGUACAAAAAUCACUAGCCCGAUAGCAAAAUCCAUUAGCCCCAGGCUAUCGGACGCGACUCUCUUUGCACGCUGAUAAUGCAGGAGAAAUUAUGCGCUACUGUGAAAAACUCUCUUUUAGUCCAACAACUGUAGUUAUAUUUUGACCCGUCAUAUUACUUGGUGCAAAAUGUUGGGUUAGGGGAGGGGUAGGUGGGCAGUUUCCCUGAAACCUAAAUUGAUCCGUUCACUUAAUUACUCUGUUGCUACUUUUCUUGAAGGGAGAAGAUCUACCCACCUAACCCUCCCCUCACUCAACGUCAACAUUUGGGUCUCACUUGGGGCAAAAUGUUACGUAAGGGCAGGGGUAGAUGAGUAGUUUCCCGGAAACCUAAAUUGAACCGUUCAGUUUAUUACUUUGUUGCUACUUUUCUUGAAGGGAGAAGAUCUACGUGAAGGCAACAGCCCAUCCUGGUUCAACCCGGUAGAAGCAAUUCAAGUUACAAAGUAUCUACAGGCUCUUAGAUCAAGUGACAAAUUCUCCCUUAGCCUGUCUGAUAUUGGAGUUAUAACACCUUACAGAAAACAGGUGAGUAUUUUUCGCAUCCUAUAUCUAUGCGUACAUCAUAGGCGAUUACCACUAGUAACUAGACGUAAUCAUUGAUUACGGAUCCGCGUUCGUCACUUACGGAAACGAAAUCGAGUCGAAAGGAGUCCAGUUUCGCGGCCGAGAUGCCGCUGAUUAAUACUGGCGGCUAAUCGGCAGUCGCCCGUGAUAGCUCGAAAAUAUCUGCCUUUGUGUCACAGGAACACCAGAUUAGGGUGCGUUCUCACGAACGCGCUAAUAAAACAUUAUCAACUACACUCGACUGAUCCCGAUCUAAGGCUUCAUUUCCUUUGGCAAGUUGGUGAUGAUUUCAUCAACCCCUGCAAAACCUAGUUUGAUCCCAGAAACAAGUCCUAAGAUCUGCUCAAGCAAUCACUUAUGACGGGCAAUUAUGACAGAUGUUGCCACUCCAAUCUAUAUUAGAGGAUAUUAAACCGGAUUAUAGGAAUCAAAGAGUAAUCGAAGGCUUUUGUUGUUGUUGUUUGUUUGUUUGAGGUGGGAGGAGGGUUGGGGUGUUUCCUUGACUUGGGAAAAUUCUGCAAACUGUAAUUGCUAAGUAAUAAAUGCGACGCCGCACCUUCCAAGUUUGCGGUGUAAAUUCAUCGCCUCGAUAUAGAAGUUUUUGUGUGCCAAUGUUAAAAUCAUUUACAAAACUAACUAAACACAACAAGGAUCAACAAUCACAAAACGAAAUUUGUCUCUGAUUUUCACGCUUGAAGUGCCCCUGGCCUUUGAUUGUGCGCGGUUGACUGACGCCUCUUUUUACUAAUAGUGGCCUGAUUGUAGCUAGCUAUCCUCCUUUUGUUCAAGAAUAUCAUUGGUCAGAGCUCUCGUUAGUUAUUCGAUAGGCUGAUUACGAUUUUGGUUUUGGUCGCUCCAUUUGACUCGUAGGUAGAGAAACUUCGCCUUUUGCUGGAUCGUUUUGGAUUGGGUGAAGUGAAGGUUGGAUCUGUGGAGGAAUUUCAGGGGCAGGAAAGACUUGUUAUCAUCAUUUCAACUGUAAGUCAUGCCUUAGCCUCCAACAUAAUGCAGCUCAAGGCCCCGCCUUGUCCACUCGUGUCCGUUUUUGUUUCAAAACUGAUAUUUUUUUCCUUCGAUUUUGGCCUACCGUCCACACGUAUCCAAUGAAAACGGUCACUGAAAGCGGAUCUUUUCAAAAAAGCUCUUCAGAGUAAAGAUUUUUGAAAACGCCGGCUUUUUGUUUGCGUGUGGACAGAUGAAAACGGAGGUUUUCCAAUACGAUGAUGUCAUACAUCAUAUACUUCUAGCAUGACGCAUGCUCCGUAAGGGAUGCUAUGCUGCUUUCAUAUGGAUGGUCAAAACGAUUCGAAUACACUACGUAAGGAUACGUAUUUUUUGAAAACGGAGAAAAAAAAUUUCCGUUUCCAAAAAUAUCCGGGUACGUGUGGAGGGGGGCUAAAAGUAGCCAAAGCUAGCCUCGCCAUAGUUUACCGAACAUUUCAAGGUCCCAUAAAACCAACAAUUUCUGUUUACAGCACUAUUUUCGCGUUGUAAGUGUUGCGACAUACUUGCAGAAGUGCUGUGAUCAUUACCUUUUGUACUUACUUCGAUGGUUAAAUUUUCUCACAGUCGUUUACAAAUUAUAACUCGCCUGUAAGUUGGCUGCAGGCGAAUGUCUACCAAAGCCUAAAUUGAAAUAAAUACGGCUAAAUUUUUAAAACGUAUCUUUUUUGUCUACCCAAGUUUUCCAAGUAGCAGUGGUUCUCCCCUUUCGUGCGUCUGCUGUCCAGUGUUUGUCACUAAUCGUGUCGGACUUAGCUACAGUACAUUCCUUUUUUUGUAUUUAGUUUUUGUAACAGCAAACCUUUUUGAAGUAAACGAUACGUCCUUCAUAAUUUCCAGCCUGUGUACAGACGUCCCCCCUCCCUCAGGAAAAAAUCGGGAGGGGGGACGUCUGUACAUGGGCCACAUAAUUUCCUGGCAUUCAUCUGUCGAAAUAUUAUGCGUAAGUAGUUACUAUAGCCAGUUGUAUGAGACGUGCACUGCUCCUCGUAAAUCUCUGCACAGUGAUUGGUUACUGAUUCGUUUAUGCCCUGUGAUCUGCUACAGGUUCGUUCAAACGAGUCAUUGGUUGGUGUUGAUGUACGUCAUAGUGUUGGUUUCCUUAGCAAUCCCAAGAGAUUUAAUGUGGCUAUCACUCGAGCCCAGGCUUUGCUCCUUGUUAUUGGUAAUCCACAUGUUCUCUGUCAGGUGAGUAAGUUAACUUCAGUCCGUGGAUUAGAUCUGGUUAGUCGUCGUUAAGUCGACUUCAAGUUUUUUUUUAGAAGUAUGGCCGUUUUUGUACGAUCUGUUGACGUCCAUGUCAUUAAAAAUUGUCGACAAGAGGAUACUUCAAAACGGGUCACGUGGUAACUCCUGGUAUUUUGUCAUGUGCAUAGCUUCCCGUUUCUUAAGCUUGAUUUUUUUUUCUGCGGCGUUUGCCCGUAAAGUUAUAUAAAGUUUAACGGUGAGACAAAACGAGUCAGUGUUUUAAAGCCAAGAGGGUUAGCCUAAUAAUAGGAAAAUAGAGGAGAAAUAGAACCAAAAGAAAUCCGUAGCUGUUUGAUUCCCCGCCUACUUGUCGUACGUACCCAGCAACUUGAAAUUUUAUUGACAGCCGUUACCUAUUCCUUCAGAUUAGGUAAGCCCAGUAAGUCGUGGUUCCAAGGUUGAACAUAUACUUCUAUUGAGUGCUAUUACUGACUACUUGUAUCACUUUGUAAAGUUGGUAAUAUAACAGUGUUUUUUUGGUUUAGGAUCCAUACUGGUGCUGCCUUCUUCAGUACUGCGUUAUGAAUGACGCGUAUGUUGGCUGCCACCUCCCGUCUUUGGACCAACAAUUCCUUCAGGUUAGUUAUCCACAGGCAGAUUCAAUUAAAUUUUUGUUUCAACACGCUCAAUUAAAAUUCACUUGAGAAAAAAAAAUUGCUGUUGUUUGUUUGUUUGUUUGUUUUUGUUGUUGUUGUUGUUGUUUGUUAAAAUAUUUAUGCUUAAUUUUUUUUUUUCUGGUAGGAGGAAUUUCAAGAAGCUGCUACUUUACUCGACAAAGCACUUUCCUCUCAGGUGAAAUCACAGAAGAUUACAAACGAAGAAGCACCCCUUGAGAAUGAAGAUGCCAGGAUACCCAACAAUAAUAUCACCCUCUUACCUCCACAGAAUCCGAGUGAGAACCCAAAGAGCAAUGAUCUGAAGGAGGACUUACGCCAGCUGGUUGGACAGAACAAGAAUGUGACUUUCUAUCAAAAUAAGUUCGUUUCUAAAUCUCUAGACCAGGAGAGUGAAAACUCUGGGACUGAGUUACAAAGUCAGAAACAAAACUGUUUUUUAAGAUCGAAUGGAGACUCUUCAAGUAUCAGUCAAAAAGCUGUUGAUGUCAACCACGGACAUGCGUCAACAGAAUUAAAUGAAUUGGAUGUUGUCAAAAAGGGGAACCCGCAAGAUUCCGAAAGCGACGAUGAACUCGAAGAAUUUGUAUUUCAACCUAGAACAACAACAAAGUAAAUAUUGAAGUGAAAAUUCCGUUAAAACUGGACAAAGUCCGAAUAAAAUUCUGCUAGAAAGGUC